CUUUUACUCACAAUUUGGUGCUUUUAGUCUCCAAAUAGAGCAUACUGGUACUGUCCCUGCGCCGAGACGGACCUUCGCGCCGCACUGUUGACUGGAGGAGGAGGCAGCGGCAGGCGGCUUUUACCUCGUCACCAUGAAGCCCAUUAUGCUGCAGGGGCACGAGCGCUCCAUAACACAGAUCAAGUUCAACCGUGAGGGAGACCUGCUUUUCUCCGCCUCAAAGGACCCCAAGCCCAAUGUGUGGUACUCCAUCAACGGGGAGAGACUGGGCUCCUACGAUGGCCACUCUGGAACAGUGUGGUGCAUCGACGUCAAGUGGGACAGCUCCCUCUUCAUCAGCGGCUCAGCAGACCAGACCAUGAGGAUCUGGGAUGUGGAGACGGGUGCCUGCAAUGCCACACUGGAGAUGAAGACGUCGGUGCGUGGCGUCAGUUUCUCGUACUCUGGCACCAUGAUCGCCUACACCACCGACAAGAUGAUGGGACACAACUCCGAGCUUAACAUCAUUGACGUGCGGGAACCCAACAACGUUGACUCCACCCCCAUCAUGAAGACGCAGGUGACGCCAAACGACACCAAGGCGCUGGCGGUGUUGUGGGGGCCACUGGAUGAGUACGUGGUCACCGGCCACGAGGACGGCUCCAUCAUCAAGUGGGACAUGCGCACCGGCAAGAAGAUUGAGGUGGGUCAGGAGCACACCAAGCAGAUCAAGGACAUGCAGCUCAGUCACGACGGAAUGAUGCUCAUCACCGCCAGCAAGGACACCACUGCCAGGCUAUGGGACAUCUCCAACCUAGAGGCGCUCAAGAUGUACAAGACGGACAGGCCGGUCAACUCUGCCGCCAUCUCCCCGCUGGUCGACACUCACCCGCACGUGGUCAUGGGCGGCGGACAGGAGGCCAUGGACGUCACAACCACUUCGUCUCGUAUCGGAAAGUUUGACGCACGUUUCUUCCACUUGGUGUUCGAGGAGGAGUUUGCAAGGGUUAAAGGACAUUUCGGCCCCAUCAACUCAAUCCAUUUCCACCCUAAUGGUCGGGGGUAUGCCAGCGGUGGUGAGGACGGUUACGUGAGGGUGCAUGUGUUUGACGACGCCUACUACCAAUUCAAGUUCGACUUCUAGGGGCAGAGUGCUGUUAUCUAUUUCUUAUUUAGUUUGAAAUUAUAUCUUCUGGGAUCUUCUUUUUCUGAGUAUCUUUUUCUUUGCAGUUGAAUUCAUAUCUUUUAGGGUCCUCUUUCUUCCUCUGAAUCAUCAUUUUUUGUUUAUUUUUUAGUUUAAAUUAUAUCUUAUGGGGUCUUAUUUUUCUUCUUCUGAUCUAUAGUGGUUUGGAGUCAUAGGUCUGUCUCAAUCCUUUCCUCUGUUUCAUAAGACUUUUCUAAAUAACAUCUGGGGAGAGAGUGCCAGCCAGUCUGUCUGAAAUUAUAUCUUGCCAGGUCUUCUACUUCUUGUGACCUAUUUGCAUUGCUUCAUAGGUCCAUCUCCUCUUGAUCCUUUCCUCUCUCACACACUUUUCCUAAUCAUAUACGAGUGCCAGCCUGUCUGUCUAUCUGUCUCGGCCAUUACCUUGACCUGACACCUUGACCCACUCUCCUUUUGUUGUGGGUCAGAGGUCAGAGGGUCAUUUUAUUAGGGGGGUGGGAGGGAGGAAAAUUAUCACCAUUAUUAUCGGUGGGAGUUGUGGGGUUUGAUACUUCUACGAAAUACCAAGGAUGAAUGCAUAUGUUGUUGUGCAGUUCCUGAAUAAAAGCCAUUUCAGGAGA